AUGUUUCUUGAUAAUGGAGUUGAGUUCUCUCUAAAGGUUUUGAUAAACAAAGAGAAGAACAAAGUACUAUUUGCAGAAGUCGACAGCGAUUUCGCAGAAGUUCUGCUGAGUUUCUUAACUUUGCCAUUGGGAACGAUUGCGAGAGUUUUGAAGAAGCACUACGGAGAUAAUAAAGACGCGACGACGCCUGUCAACAUUGGAAGCUUAACCACUUUGUACGAUGGAUUAUCGAAUCUUGACAGCAUCAAUUUACGGAGUCAAUUCCAUAAGCACAUGCUUCUCAAUCCCGUAAGUUCCUUUGAAGGUGAAUGCCGAAAGCUGAAACUCGAUAUCAGUGAUCCUUUGACCUUUAAGUACUUUUCUUGCCCGGACUGGAAUUGUACGCACCGAUGGUCAAAGGUAGCAAUGCGAAGAGAUGCUACCGUAACUUGCCUUUGUGGGAAAACGAAGAACAAAAGCGUUUGUUUAGAUGAGUCUGAAACUGCUGUUCAUGGAUCCGCUGGAGUGUUCAUGAUUAAGACAACUUCUUUCUUGAUCUCCGAUGAUCUGAGAAUGGUGCCUAAUGUGGCCGUAGGCUUUGUGCAAACUCUCCGAAAUCUUGGCAUCACCGACACUAAAGGCGCCGAGCUAAGGAAUGUGACUUUUGGGUUCAAUGAGGUUAUGGAUUUGCUCAAGGCCUCGUUAAUGUCGCGUACUCCGCUAACCGACCUUAUACUCAAUAAAACAAAGGUUUAUGAUGACUUUGCCAGUCUAAAAUACGAAGCGGGAAUUUCCUUCCAAAAGAAGGAGAAAUUAGAAGCGACCAAGAAGAUGAAUUUAAGAGAAAAGAAUGGUUGUCAUAUUCAAUUGGAAAAGAUUCCGGAUGGUUUCGUGAAAUGGUGUUCAGUCGAGGCCAAGAGAAUUUCGUUAAAGGAACAAAAAUGUACAUGGUGA